AUGAAACAUAUCAUGAUUUCUAGAAGAGGAUUAGUUCUUUUAAUUAGAAAAUACUGAACAUUUUCUUCCAAUAGAUUACAACUGAAUGUUUUUAUCCCAUGCUGCACCUGCAGGUGAUGUGUGGGUCUUCUCAGUCUAUCAGCCCAGCUAUGAUCGAUCAGCAGCUGAUGGUCUUUACUGUGAUAAGACCCUGUACACGUUUGCUUUCUGGAAUGCAGUGUGGGAGACUUUUGGUGUUUGGGUCCAACUGGUCAAACUCUGCAAAGGACUGCUGUGUUAUGUGUUCAUAAGUCCCACACCAGCAAACAGAGACUUUUAUGGGAACGUAUGAGGCAUGGAUUGGACAUUUAUAUGCAGCAUCUGAGCAGACAGGCUUAGAGUUUCAUGUGUGAGAGUGUGUGUGUGUGUGUGUGUGUGUGUGUGUGUGUGUGUGUGUGUGUGUGUGUGUGUGUGUUAUGGCAAAUAAUUAUUAUUUUCAUUAUCAGGUUAUUUAACUACUUGUUUGGUCUGUAAAUAACAACGCCUAUCAAAACUUCCAAAUACUUGCAGAUUAAUCAAGCAUGGUGGGAAAUUAGCACAAUUUUAGCCAAAUUCUGGUAAAAUAGGAAAGUUGCUGAUAAAUUUCAGACACAAAAUAAUGAUUAACUAUUGAGAUGCUGAUGAUUUUUGAAUGUGCAAUAAACUAAUCAAUACAUUUUCUAAUCCUUCCCACUCUAGUUGUUUCCCUCUAAACUUGGUCAUUGUUGUUGUAUGUGUUGUUUUUCUGUUUUACACUUUGUCAUUUUUUUAAUGUUACAGAGAUAUGUAAACUUUUCAGACUUACUUUAUGUUUAUUUAUGUGCUAUUUCAUCUAUUUGUCUUACUUGUUUAUGUAAUAUUCGUUUUUGCUGGAAUGUCAGUUUUAAAUAAAUGUUCCUGGUUUAAGUUUUGUGAAGUCUUUAGUAUUUUUAAUUUGUUUUUAUUUUGUGUGUAAAUGUGUAGAUUUGCUGUGCGCUGAACUUCUACUGUGCUUUUAUUCUGAAAUCAAGGCUGUAACAAUCAUCUGAGAUGUUCAGGACAUGUUCUCAAUUUUCUGUUUUAUCUUUUAUCUCAAACCUAUAGGCUUCAAGCUAUUCAGCAGACUCAAUAAAUAAAAAAACUCCCAGAAGAAGAAUACUUUCACUUUCGUUGCAUUGUUUAUUUUUUAUCAAGAAUCACAUGACAUGCCAUCCCAUAAUUGGCUCGCCCUGUUCAUUGUUGACCACAGUAUCAAAACAGCUGCUUGUAUAAAUCCCCAUUUUUCCCUUUAAGUUGAGUUGUUUGACGAAGCAUUCGAGGAGCAGAAGCUUUUUCAGCUGCAAUGGCAGCCCCACCUACAGAUCGCCCUGUGAUAUUAACCUUGGCUGCAUUAUGGAGGUCUCAAUUGAGACCCCUACCACCGAGACCACCAAGACUAUCAGUUGCAGCCACAGUAGUACAGACUGCCCUAACUCUGGCACAAGUCAUCUUUGGCGUCGUGUAUUUCAAUGACUGCCCUCAGCAACCAAACAUUCCCAACUACCUGUUAGGGAUGGCUCUGUUAACCCUGCUGAUGAUACCAUGUGUGACCCUCCCCUGUGAGAGCGAUGCAGCUCAGCCUCGCGGGCACCCCAAAGGUUUCAAAGCGUGUCUGAUGUGUUUAUUAUCCCUGUGUAUCUUCAUAUGGAUACUGGCAGGUGAUGUGUGGGUCUUCUCAGUCUAUCAGCCCAACUAUGAUCGAUCAGCAGCUGAUGGUCUUUACUGUGAUAAGACCCUGUACACGUUUGCUCUCUGGAAUGCAACGUGGGGGACUUUUUUUAUUAUGGUCCAACUGGUCAAAGUCUGUUAUGUGUUGAUGAGUCCCACACCAGCAAACAGAGACUUUUAUGGGAACGUAUGAGGCAUGGAUUGGACGUUUAUAUGCAGCAUCUGAGCAGAUAGGCUUAGAGUUUCGUGUGUGUGUUAUGGCAAAUAAUAAUAAUCCUUCCCAUUCUAGUUGUUUCUUUCUAAAUUUGGUCAUUGUUGUUGUAUGUGUUGUUUUUCUGUUUUACACUUUUUUUCUGUUAGACAGAAAUAUAAACUUUUCAGACUUACUUUAUGUUUAUUUAUGUGCUAUUUCAUCUAUUUGUCUUAUUUAUUUAUCUUAUUUUAUUUUGUAAUAUUGUUUUUGUUGGAAUGUCAGUUUUAAAUAAAUGUUCCUGGUUUAA